UUCUACCAAAUCACACAACACUUUUUUCUAUGAAUCUCAUAUAUAUUUUAUUUUUUGAGUAUGACGACAAAUUAAAGAAAAUUACACUGUGAUAUCUUAUUUAUUUUGUGAUCUACAUAAAAUGCAUCGUUAACGUUAACGUUACUAAGUACUACAUGUUAUGUGUAGAUAGUGUGAAGCCAAUGCAAAAAUAUAACCUAGAAACUUAACAUGUAUAAAAUUACAUCAUGUUUAUUAAGAAAUUACAAAAAUAUUAAAUGUUUCAAUGAUUCUCAUCUAGUUAAACGACAUGUUUCGAAAAAUAAUUCAAAACUUAGUCCUGCAGGCUUGACUGUUAGUGUGUUAUUUAGCAAAAAGUAUUUACUAGCUUCAAAUACUAUUUCAUCAGGGCUGUUGAUGUUUGUUGGGGAUUUGUGCCAACAAGAAUUAGAAUACAGACAAAACCUUUUAGACAAGCGUUAUGAUUAUGCAAGAUUAACACGGAUGUUUAUAGUAGGUCUAGCCUUGGGCCCCAUACAUCAUUAUUAUUAUAUUGGCAUUGCAAAGAAAUGGCCAGAAAGGACAACGAAAAUUAUUUUAUGGAAAAUUGCACUGGACCAAUUUAUAAUGUCUCCAAUUUGUAUUGCUUGUUUCUUUUUUGGGCUAAAUGCCCUUGAAAUGAGACCAUUCAAAGAAGCUGUUAAUGAAUUUAAACAAAAGUUUUAUGCAGUCUACACAGCUGAUUGGCUGAUAUGGCCCCCUACACAAUGGGUAAAUUUUUAUUAUGUUAAUGUCAAAUAUCAAGUGCUUUAUAUCAAUGCUAUAACGAUGUUAUAUAAUGUAUUUCUGUCGUAUAUAAAGCAUGUACAUGGAGAAGAAGUAAAAUCUGAACACAAACUUUCUGUACCUGAUAAUGUACUUACAACACCUGAAAAUAACAAAUCUUCAAUAAGUAGUUAGUUACAGAGUUUUAUUUCAAAAUUGAAAUAGAACUAACUAGACAUAACUAAAUUAAUUGUAUGAAAGACAUAGAUAAUUUUUUUAUUUAUUUUAUAAUUAUUAUUAAAAUUAAAAGUAUUAUUUUUUAAUUACAAUUCACAAUUUAUAAUGGUCGAAAACAGCAAGCUACAAAUAAAUUAAAAUAUGUAUUAUAUUAUUUGUAAAUAUUGAAUAAAAUUUGUGAUAUUGUAAUUAUAUAGAUUAUCAAAUGUUGAAUAAAAAUUUCUACAAAUGA